AUGUGGGAGAACGUGUCGACUGUGAAACAGGCAAAGGACGACCCCUUAUCCAGGGCGACAUACCCAUUCCAGAUCAUUGCCAUGGAUUAUAUACCUUCAUUGCCUAGAUCCUUCAACGGCAACACCAAGUUGUUGAUCUUCGUGGAUCUGUUCUCGGGAUAUGUGAUCGCCAAAGCCAGCGCCUCUAGAUCCGCUCAGACAAUCGCUGAGACCUACAAAGAAUGGGUCUUCCGCCGAUUUGGUGCGAGCGAGGUGAUCCGGCACGAUCGGGAUCCAGGCUUUAUGUCUGACUUGUUUAAGUCUUUUAACAAGAUCCUGGGACAACGUCAACGGGCUACUAUGGCUUAUCACCCCCAAGCUAAUGGAUCCGCAGAGCGUAUAGUCCAGACAACUACCAGGGCUCUAAAGAUGUAUGUGAAAGAUCUGGAUCAACGAGAUUGGAACGAAUACGCUGAGCGGCUCACCUUCGCGAUCAACACUGCAAGAGAGCGGAUCCGAGGUAAAACCCCUUUCUACAUGAUACAUGGUUGGGAUCCUAGAUCCACCUUGGAAUCGGUGAUCCCGGUGGGGAGCACCCGCAGGCUCGAUCGAGAUCCAAGAAGAUGGCGAUACCGGAUGCAAAGGUACUAUCAACAAGCUCGAGAACAAGAGAACCAACGUUUACGCGAAGCGAUCGCGGAUCGGGCCGACAUACAUAAUGAUCUA